AUGAACUCGGCAAUGGUUGUCCGUAGGGAUCCGUUCAGAACCGCAAAUUUCUUGAUGGGGAUCUGUCGGGGUAUUUUUGGUCAGCAAAUAAGAUGUCACUUUUCGAAGAUAAUAAAAUCCGCAUGCAAAGCUGAAGGACUGUGUAUGAGAAGGCCGUGUGGAAACGCUUUCUUCCAGAUACGUGGCCUAAAAAUACGUGAACUUUGGCAGCAAAUAAUGCAUAAGUUUACAUCAACGCUGAACCAAUAUCGAACUGAAGUAGCCACACAGAAACAUGCGAAUGAUAUUCACGGAUUCAUGCUGGCCGAAUACGUUGUGAAUGAACCUAUUGCGAAUUCGCUCGGUGUAACUAGAUACGACGUUGAGGAUUUGUUUGAUGACAUGGCUAAAGAUGGAUACUCAAACGAAAAAUUUUCUACUGUUGUUUAUGAUCAGGACAGACUGGUCGCUAUAUGUUUAUGUCGGGUCGAAACAUAUAAAAACAACGAAGAAACAGUUCAACAAGAAAUAGAUGUUGACAAUCACGAUUUUGCUGAAGAAAUUUUCAAUGGUCCCUACAGACAGCGGAAUGCUAAUCAAUUAUUUACCUUUCUCAAAACAUUAGAACACAGAGAAAAGCAACUACUCGGAACCGGUGUCAAAGUGUUUAAGAUCAACGCUUUAUGCGUUCAUUCAAGCUAUAGAGGCCGAGGUAUAGCUAAAGCGCUCACACGCAAAGCGAUAGAAUUAGCACGAUCAGAAGGUUGUGACUGGGUGGCAUCAGCAGUAACCUCGUUUCAAUCGGAAGAAAUUCUCAGGAAAAUGCAAUUCCAAACGCUCUACGAAAUUCCGUUCGAAAUAUUUCGUGAGUACGGUCAACCAGUGUUCAACCAUCUCCCGGAUUUCGGCGAUAACCUUCUUUCGUAUUCAUUAUUAUUAUUAUUAUUAUUAUUAUUAUUAUUAUUAUUAUUAUUAUUAUUAUUAUUAUUAUUAUUAUUAUUAUUAUUAUUAUUAUUAUUAUUAUUAUUAUUAUUAUUAUUAUUAUUAUUAUUAUUAUUAUUAUUAUUAUCAUUAUUAUUAUUAUUAUUAUUAUUAUUAUUAUUAUUAUUAUUAUUAUUACCAUAUCAGUGCGGUAUUAUUAUCCUUAUGGAGUUUUUCACGUCAAUUAAGAUCGUCCACGACGAUAUGACAACUAAGCUGACCUUCGAGAUCGCUACACGGAAGCAUGCGGAUGAUAUUGAGAGGUUUUUAACCUCGGAAUUCGGUACAACCGAGCCAAUGGCACAUGCGUUAAGGCCAACAAAUGAAGACGUAGUCGAUUUGUUUCACAAGGUUUCUGAAGACGGAUGCUCUCAUGAAAAAUACUCUACGGUCGUAUACGACGAUAAGCGGUUAGUCGCCAUAUGUUUAUGCUCAAUCAAGAAGCCUGAAACUGUCAUCGCACCACUCCCUGCAGAAAUUGACGUUGAGCAUCAUGACUUUGCCGAAGACAUUCUCAAAGGACCCUUUAAACAGCACAAAGCAAAUCAAAUUAUCACCUUUGUGAGCACAUUGGAGCAUCGGCAAAAGCGAUUACUUGGAACGAACAGUAAAGUGUUCAAACUCGACAUAUUAUGUGUUCAUAGAGAGUACAGAGGACGUGGAUUAGGUAAAGAACUCACGAAAAGAGCGAUUGAAACUGCCCGAGCUGCCGGUUGUGAUUGGGUGGCAACAGCGGCCACCGCGUGUGCAUCGCAGGGAAUUUUCUCCGGAAUGGGCUUUCAAGUGUACUACGAAAUCCCAUAUUCUACAUUCCGUGAGAAUGGAAAUAUCCUAUUCCAUGAUCUUCACGAUGGCUGUCAGAGUGGGAAAUUUAUGGCGUUACGGCUGAACAGUUGA